GUGGCUGCGGGAGGGUGGGGCGUCCUGUUUACAGCCCUGUGGGGUAUUAUCGGCCCAUCGCAUGCAGCAGCCUCCACAGCCCAACCACCUGGCGAAGCUCCCUGGCGCGGCGCCAGGCCAUUUCACCAUGCAGCUCAGCAGUGACGGAUGCUUUGGUUCUUGGGCAACGGCAAAUGGAAAAAACAAAACAAAACAGCGCGCACCGGAGAUAAGGAGCCCUAGGUGCUAUCUUCCAGGGCCACUUGGCCCCGUCUCCCAACUGUUGCGUUCGUAUGGCUUGGGGGAGAGGGGUCCUUGAGCAGAGAGGACCAGGUCCAGUGCCUGCGCGGUGAGGGAUGGUGAACAGGGUGGAAAGGCACAGAGAGGUGACAAGAGGGGCCUGAAACACCACAGCAGACGGACCGAUUCCUUCAGUAGUGGCCUUUGAGGGCCCACCACGAGCCGGCCCUGUGAUAAGCACUGGUGAUCAUGCAGGAGGAGCAGGACCAGAAGCUGCUGAUCAGGUUGAAGUGGGAAAGGCUGACACAAUCCCUAAGUGCCAGGCUGCCGGGCACAACCUUGGGGGGGGGGUUCCCCCAGCCACUGACUCUUCCUUCCGAAGGACCACCAGUUUACCCCUGCUGUCCGCUCACAGCCGUGGCCACACCAGCAAACUCCCAACCCAGGAAGCCGAAGGAGAAGGGCGGCAGCUCUCAGAAGGAGGAGUCGGGGGAAGGAGGAGGGAGGCAGAUGAUGCAGGAAGUGAGGCAUCUGUGGCUGCCCUUCUCAAUGUGGCCAGAGACAGACUGCGAAGGUGGUGGUGGGGGGGUCUUCGCAGCUUCAGAGGGGAAACCAGCCCCUGACCAAAGGGCCCUGGCAGGGCACCUAGGCGGCUACUUCACUUAUUUUACCAUCUCCGGGGCAGUGCAGGAGAGAGAGGCCUGGGACGCAAGACAAGGCCACACCCCAGCCACCCUCCAUCAGCAUGAGGACCAGGGAUCCCCAAACCCCCCAAAAGGACUACAGAAGGAAGGACAGAGAGACAGCCAAGGAGAUUUCACACGUGGCAAAAACUCAGCAACGUGCAGCAAAAAUAACUCAUUAUAACAGAAGCUGGACACAGACUGGAGGAAAUUAAAGGAGAUUUAAAAAAUGCAGACUAGCAAAAACUGAAAAAUAAAAACUAUGCGUGCUGCCACUCAGCAAUCA